AUGCACAGCAUAAUGGCAAAGCAUGUGGUGGGUGAAAGGGUACCAAAAUGGGCCCAUGAAGUUAUCCGGCUGAUAGCGGCAGAAUUGGAGUUCUUCAUGCCGCAACCCUUCGCGGGGGAAAUUCUGGGACUGUGCAAAGCACUGGGAGUCAGUCUCGGAGAUGGAGUCCUGCUUAACUUCGCCUAUGAAUCUACUGCGUUCUGUACUAGUAUUGUCGCUCAGGAUGACAAAGGAAACAUUUACCAUGGUCGGAACCUGGAUUACGACUUUGUCGAUAUAUUAAGCAAGAUUACAAUUGACGUGCAGUUUAUAAAGAGUGGGCAGAUAGCGUAUCAAGGCACCACGUUUCUUGGAUAUGUAGGCUUGUGGACCGGACAGAGUCCACACAAGUUCACGAUCUCCGGUGACGAACGAGAGGGCGGUAGAUGGUGGGAAAAUGCAAUAGCUGCUUUUCUGAAUCGGAAUUACCCUGUCAGCUGGCUUGUCCGAGACACCCUGAGCAGAGCAGAGGACUUUCAGUCAGCUGUUCUCAGACUAGCAAGCAUUCCCAUCAUUGCUGAAGUUUACUAUAUUGUAGGAGGCGUUUCGCCCAAAGAAGGCAUGGUCAUAACGAGGAAUAGAAGAGGGCCAGCAGAUCUCUGGCCUCUUGAUCCUUUAGGUGGAGCGUGGUUUCGUGUGGAGACGAACUAUGACCAUUGGACUACCCCUCCUCCUUUUGAUGAUCGAAGAACUGCAGCCAUCAAAGCUCUCAAUGCUACUGGACAGCAGAACAUCAAUUUUGAUACACUCUUUAAGGUGUUGUCAGUGAAGCCAGUCUUAAACAAUAACACAGUGUAUACCACGCUCAUGAGCGCUGCGCUUCCAGAUAAGUACCAGACGUGGAUCAGAACUGUGAAGUGA